CCGGCCUGUCAGACGCUGUUAUUGACAUUAUUUUGGCCUCGAGAAGACCAUCCACCACUCGUAUAUAUCAGCAUACUUGGGUAGCAUUCUCCAGGUGGUGUCAGUCUCAACACAUCGAUCCUUCCAAGGCUACAGUACAACAAGUGCUGCUAUAUCUUCAUAGGGGCCUCAUGUUGGGACUUAGACCCAACACAUUACGUCGACAUGCGUCCACCCUGUCGUCCAUUCUUUCAGUAUCUUCCACUGACGCCCCUAUUGCCUCACAUCCGUUUAUCAAACGCUUCCUUAGAGGCACUGCUCUACGCUCGCCGGCUGUAGCUCACCGUUUUCCAUCAUGGAGUUUGUCAAAGGUUCUACAGGCCUUACAACGUCCUCCGUUUGAGCCACUCAGGACUGUGCCUUUACGUCUGUUGUCUUUCAAGGUCCUGUUCCUGAUUGCGAUUACAUCGGCGAGAAGAGUCUCGGAACUGGGCGCAUUGUCUUCUGCUCGCCACCUCUGUGUCUUUCACAAGGAUUCUGUUGUGCUGAAAACUGAUCCUUCAUUCCGUCCCAAGGUCAAUUCAGUUUUCCAUUGCAACCAGGACAUUGUUCUACCUUCAUUUUGUCCGAAUCCUACUCAUCCGCUCGAGAAGGCUUGGCAUUCGUUGGAUGUUCGGAGGGCUCUCAAGACCUACCUGUCCAGGACCCAGGAUAUACGACAGACUGAGUCUUUGUUUGCCCGUUGGCCUUUUUUCCUGCAUGUUUAGAUAUAUCUCUUUGGACUCGCUGCGAAUGAACUGGAGAGUGGGAGGGGCCUGACGCCCUAGUCUUGACUUCAGAAACAUUCUUGCCUUUGGACGAUAGGACGAGCUAUAAUCCAGCAUGAUGGCAUUCU